AUAAUCUCCUCACUCACACAUUUCCUCUUUUAAACGGGAUCGAGCGGGCAACAAAGCCAGCCAUUAGCGAGGGAGAGAGAGAGAGAACCAGCGCCAAGUGCAGGGUCUCAAGCACGCAUUAGAAAAUGGCAGACUCUGAGGAUAUUCAGCCUCUCGUAUGUGACAAUGGGACAGGAAUGGUCAAGGCCGGAUUUGCCGGAGAUGAUGCUCCAAGGGCUGUAUUCCCUAGCAUCGUGGGCCGUCCUCGUCACACAGGGGUGAUGGUUGGCAUGGGCCAGAAAGAUGCCUAUGUUGGGGAUGAGGCUCAAUCCAAGCGUGGUAUCUUGACCUUGAAGUACCCAAUUGAGCAUGGAAUUGUCAACAACUGGGAUGACAUGGAAAAAAUUUGGCACCACACCUUCUACAAUGAGCUCCGUGUGGCUCCAGAGGAGCAUCCGGUCCUCCUUACAGAAGCUCCUCUCAACCCCAAGGCCAACCGUGAGAAGAUGACUCAAAUUAUGUUUGAAACCUUCAACGCACCUGCCAUGUACGUCGCUAUCCAGGCCGUUCUCUCACUUUAUGCUAGUGGCCGUACAACUGGGAUUGUUUUGGACUCGGGAGAUGGUGUCAGCCACACAGUUCCCAUCUAUGAAGGCUAUGCUCUGCCACACGCAAUCCUGCGUCUUGAUCUGGCAGGCCGUGAUCUGACAGAUGCUCUUAUGAAGAUCUUGACAGAGCGUGGUUACUCUUUUACCACCACUGCAGAGCGUGAAAUUGUGAGGGACAUGAAGGAGAAGCUAUCCUACAUCGCUCUUGACUAUGAACAAGAACUAGAAAUGUCCAAAACCAGCUCGUCUGUGGAGAAGACCUAUGAGCUCCCUGAUGGGCAGGUAAUCACAAUUGGGGCUGAGCGAUUCCGCUGUCCAGAAGUCCUCUUCCAGCCAUCAAUGAUAGGGAUGGAAGCUGCCGGCAUUCACGAAACUACAUACAACUCUAUAAUGAAGUGCGAUGUCGAUAUUAGGAAAGAUCUAUAUGGCAACAUUGUUCUCAGUGGUGGUACCACAAUGUUCCCAGGAAUUGCUGACAGGAUGAGCAAGGAGAUUACAGCAUUAGCUCCUAGUAGCAUGAAGAUUAAGGUGGUUGCUCCACCUGAGAGGAAAUAUAGCGUCUGGAUUGGAGGGUCUAUUUUGGCAUCUCUCAGCACAUUCCAGCAGAUGUGGAUAGCAAAGGCAGAGUAUGAUGAGUCUGGGCCAUCAAUUGUUCACAGGAAAUGCUUCUGAUAUUGCAAGCGAGAAAAGAUGUUGAGAAAUUUAUUCAUUCUUGUGAUUGGGAAAGGCUUCUGAUUUGAUCACAUGUGAUGAUUGGAAACAUUGACAACAAUGCCGCUUUGCAUUUGUAUUUCUUUGCUAUUCUUUUUCUAUGGUUGUUUGUAUUUUGAUCAUUGAGAAAAUGAACAUGGAGGGAAAAGCUGAGAAUUCAUUUAUAUUAUCUAUCUCUUAUAGAAGAAAUGUGUAGAAGUCUAUUGAUGCUUUCAUGGUUCGCUACCCUAUCCUGCUUUCUUUCAUCAGAAUUGUGAUUUAUUAAAUUCAAUAAAUAUGUACCUUCUAU